GCUUCUAGCCAGUCUGUGUCGCGCUGCCGAGACCGUAAAGUCGCUGUUCCUCUGAUCGUGACUGAGCCGGGAUUGUCUCCGAGGGAAUUGAAUAAGUUCCUGAGAAGAGGGCGCGUCGAGAUAACGAAAAGUUCGAAAGAGGACAAAAAUAAGUAGGAAAAAAGAGAAGAAACCGGGGGGAUGGAAAAAGUAAAGCAAUAAAUAAUAAAAAAAAAAAAAAAAAAAUAAAAAAACAUACGCAACCGAUGCCCGUACUUGAUUAUAUUUUAACCCAGGGAUAAAAAGAGGCUGCUUUUUAACCCGCGGGAAGCGAAGGCGUUUAAAAGGAAGAAACAAAAGACACCUCUUCCGACGUCUUCGGUUCGAGAAUUUCAAAGUUACCGAACAGGUUUUUGGUCCAGUCUCAUUGUCAGUGUAUGGAGAUUGUGCUCCGAAGGACCGCAGCUAACGUCUUUGUGUAUCGUAGAUCUGUAAAGAUUUCUUUAUUUUCUACAUCUACGCAAAGCGCCGGUGAAUUACUUUAUCUGCAUAUAACAAGUUUCCGAAAUUACAGUCAAAUUAGUUGAAAAAUUGUUGAAAAUACUGAACUUUUGACAGUUCGGGAUUGAUAAAGAAGCCAUGGGAAUAGUACGUUUUGCUCAUACCCGCACACUUGGAAACUGAUCGGCUGUACACAUUUUGUAAGAAAGAUAAUCGGAUCGAAAAAUUGUUGCAUAUGUGAUUCGUCGUAUGCGUACAAUCGAAUCACUCUGUCCAAGGUUAAAACCUGCCCAAUUAACAGUAACUAUAAUUUUUCGAUUCCGGAAUUAAUACUUACGCAAUCGUCAAGAUUGCAAUCUUGUAACCGGACCACCUUGACCGACGAAUGCACCUCUUGACCGAGCGGCGAGGUUGCCCUUGAAUUUUGGCAUAACGUUUAGAAAAGUUAACCGACGUUAACCGAAUACAAGGAAAAGAAUCUUCGCGAUCAAGCUGCUGGUGUAAGAAUUUGUAAAAAAAUAAAAAGCAUGAGUGCUUAGCUAGGAAUAAGGAUAUUCAAUAAAUUAACGACAUCUUAAGAAGAAGAAAAAGAAGAAGAAGAAACGAAAGGAGUAAAAUAACAGAUACCGAAAGCUUCUUUCGAUCGUAUUUGGAUCUCUUUCGAUGCAGGCAUGAUUUCGAUGUCGCCGAGCAAAGGGACCAGCGAUAUCCCAGUGAAAGCCAAGAUGGACAACCCGAAGAAUCCCACGGACGAAUCUCGAUCGUUUCUUCACUUUUCCCGCGAGAAUUUAAGCGCUUCUCAUUCGGAUCUCGAGCAGGGAUUCAACAACGCGCGACCCCGGAUUCGAAGGGAUACAGUUCUGAGUCUGAUCGCAAUAUUAUUGGCCUCAUUUUGCAUCGGGCUUGAAAUAUGGAAGAUCCUAAGUGUCGUGGAUAAUCCCAGAUGCUGUUUGAAUAGCCCGAAAGAAGUUGAAAUGCUGAAGCAAGAGCUUGAAAUAAUGAAGCAAGACGUUGAAGGCAUGAAGCAUCGCAUCCUCGAAGAAGACUUGCUGAACGACUUGAAGGCGUUCGAGGAACAAGUAGAAGCCGAAGAGUUUGACGAGGGUAUCGCUGACGAUGACACUGCCCUAGAUAGCGAUGAUUACGACUACGACUCCGUCUACGACAUUGAUGACGAGGACGAGGACGAAGACGAAGACGAAGACCCGAUGCUGUCAUCUCAGGAAUACCUCAACGAUUAUCACACCGCACCUUACGCUGCCGAUUACUCGGGACCUGGGGAUUCGUUAAGCCCUGCAAGCCGUGAAAGUGAUCUUGACGAUUUCCACGCCGCACUUCAGAAAACGGAGGCAGACUCAGAACGGAAAUUGGAGAAGAGCGUGCAAGAGAACCGGAAGAGCAUAAACCGCGAAAGAAUGCUUGACGAGGGAAAAAAUGCCGCAGAAAUUAGACAGCGGGAGAAUCUGACAGAGGAGAACGAGGACGAUAUUCUCGAAGAGUUUCGUCGGGAUCCCGAUUCGCUAAAGAUCGUACGGAAGCGAUCCGUCAACCAAGAGAAACCCGUUAGUUAUAAUCCGAGCGGCAUUCCAAUAUACGCCCACAGCUACCUACUCAGAAACAGAAAAAAUUUUACAUGGAACUCGGCCAGCCCAACAUUAAGACUGUACGACAGUUUGACGAGAGAUGAAAAGACCACAACGGAGAAGAGUAAACAGGAAUCGACGGUACAUCACGCCAUCGUCACAUCUUGGGACAAAUACCCGCCAAAGAAAUAUCAUGCCCAAACGCGAGCUCCCACGUCCCAUGUUUUACCACCGGCUUCCUACUCUUCAAGGGUUCACAGUUCGCGACAGAGAAAUAAACACGCUCAUCGUUCUGCCGAUUGGCAAAACGAAGGCCCUCAAGCUCUUACCCUGAAGGAGUCAACGGUGAACCGUAAAGAUGGAGAAGCCUGGAAGCUCGUGCAGGUAAUACAACGAAUCCAGGACUCGCCUGCGCGUCAUUCGCGGCCUCUUCGACGUCGCGGUAUGACUCGACGUCACCUAAGAGGACCGCGACAAAUAAUUGCCGCACAUUACUCUGCCGACAGCAGUCUUUUUACUGGGGAGGACGAACAUGUUGGGAACGGAAAAGGGAAGCACGGCCAGGGAAUUUUCAAGGCUUGGAGAGCUACCGGGUGGAUGAACGACCUUGGAAUGAAUGGGCACUUCACUCUAGCCAAUGGACAACUAACGAUCCAGGAAACAGGGCUUUAUCUUAUCUAUGCUCAGAUUCACUACCUAGACCGGCAUGACGAAAACGGUUUCCGCGUUUUGGUCAACAACGAAUCGAUACUGCAAUGUAUGGUUUACAGUCCUGGCACCGAGCACAAAAGCCGAUCCUGUUUCUCCGCGCAAGCAGCGCUGCUACAGGCCGGAGAUCGCGUGGUAUUGAAGGAUGUAGGUGAGGAAAGGUAUACCUUGUUCCAACACGACAAGAGCUUCUUUGGUCUUGUCAAACUCGGAGAAACGAGACCGCCGAGACAGCAGUCCCAAAAUUAAGACCAGCGAAGAAAGAUUCUUGACGAUUGUAAGCAAGAAAUGACAAUUCUAUAGCUGCGUCAAUUUAAUACGAGCUGAUUAAUAUAAAUUACGAACUUUCUCUGCUGCUUUUUUCACUAAAUGUAGAAUAGACGAGACGGAACGUUAUGGAGUGAUGAUAUAUAUGGUGUUGUAAUUGUUUAACAUUAUGAUAUAAGUUAUAUACCGAUUAAAGAGUACAACUCCUAAUUUAUAUCCCUACGGAAACGUAUUGAAUACGUAUCAAGCUACGCCUUAGCUGAUACAGUAAACAUUGUGAAUUGUAACUUAACAAUUUAUCGAGCUUUUAGUGCCAUCGUUUGUUUGUAACUCGAAAAUUAGUACCGAUUUUAAACUAGACUAUUAGUGAUCUCAGAUUUUACGAAAAAUAUGUAAAUAACAUUUUAUAUUUUAUUAUAUACUAUUAUUAUUAUUAUUAUUAUCGUUAUUAUUAUUGUUAUCGAUAUAAUGAUUAUUAAUUUUUUCUCUUACAUCAUUAAGAUAAGAAUAUAUAUUUCUACGCAAUUUUUGGUGAUUAAUUCAGUACACUUACCGAGGUGAAUUUAAUUUCGGUGCAGCGAAAUAAUCAAAGCGUUAUUCUAUCUUCACAACUGUAAUAUACGUAAUGUUCUUGUUGUGUCGCAGCAUUGCCAUCGUGAUUCGUGAAAACCGUGAAAAAACGAAUGUGACAUCUUCAUCUAAAUAAUAGGACUCGUAAAAUUAAAAAACAAGAAACAGAUCCGACAUGAAUAUUCUGAUAGGGGAAAAUUGGGUAGCGAUCUGCAGAUUUCAAAUCCAAAGUCUUGCGAUUAAAAUCGGGAGCAAUCAACGUUGAUUAAUUUUUCGGUAUUCCAUUUUUUCCACUAAUCAAUCCACCAAUAGUUUAACCCUGAUUUUAAAAGGAUGGAACGGGUCGAAGCAACUGAUCUCCAAUCAGGCAGUAUACCUAUUUAUUAUAAGUGAUUCAAAUUUACAGAGCAGAAACGAAACUAAUGUCAUGUUUGCGAGGUUUAGAUGUUCACUGAAGUUUGAUUGGCAUUAUUUCUUUCCAAAUAGACCGUUGCUUGACAACUAAGUGGAAAGAAACAUCAUUCACAUUUAGCAUUUCCAUUGAUAUGAAUAAAUUUGCAUAUUGCAUGUUCGUAUAAACAUAA